CUUUCUAGACCUCCUCCCAGUCCACCUAUUAGCUCCUCGCGGCAUAAGGGAGAAUGUGACAGAAGACGUUCGUCGUUCCUCUUUAAUGCAACAUCAUCUGAGGGGAACGGAGACUAACACCACCCCACGCCCUUCCCACUGGUAGCCCAUCGCUGCACUUUCUGUUCAACCCUCGUCCUUGGUAUCGCUCGGAUGUCAGAUCUCGAAAGCAGCAAGGGCACUAUUUCACUUGUUUUUCGGAAAUUGUUCAUCUGUAUUAAAAGUAGCCUAAAAACAACAGAUGCUCCUGUAUCAUCGCAAUGUUUAACUCUAAAGUGUAAUUCAAAUUACUCAUAAUUAAUUCGAUGUGUAUUAUUGGGUAAAAUGUUAUGAUCUGAAUUGGUAUCUGAGAACUGUGCGGUAUCUUGCAACAAAGGGUGAAGUUUUGGCGACUUAUUUACAGUCAGCGUCAUGAUGUCCCUCACGAAGGUCUCUCAUCACUCUACGUGUUCGCGGCGCCGCCCUGACGACCUCGUCUCUCCCCGGACGAGUAACGAGUCGCACCUUUUCGCUGGCACCUGCCGCUCGGUCCCGGAAAUCAGCCUGAGGUGCGACACCACCAAGGACAGCGACGCCACCUCCUCUCCGGUGAAGGAAGACAACGCGCUCGGCUUUGAUUUACGAAGACUCAACCCCGGACACCUGCAGCGGUCCGUGCAGGUCUCGUCGUUUCUGAUCCGGGAUAUCUUAUCGGACUGCGAGGGGUCUAUGGUGGACAGUGAGGGGGCUCUGGCGGACAGUGAGGGGUCUCUGGUGGACUUCGAGGGGUCUCUGGUGGACGGUGGCUCUUGUCAGUUCGCACCGGACCCGAAGAGGUCAGCGCGCAGCGAGUCGUUGGGCAGCCGGUGUAGAGGUGAGCUGGCCCGCAGUCCAGUGCUUUGCCUCGCGAGGUUCCGCAGGCCCCGGAAGGCGCGCACGGCCUUCACGGACCACCAGCUCGAGCAGCUCGAGCACAGCUUUGAAAGUCAGAGGUACCUAAGCGUGCAGGACCGGAUGGAGCUGGCGGCCUCCCUGAAGCUCAGCGACACGCAGGUCAAGACCUGGUACCAGAAUAGGAGAACCAAGUGGAAGCGGCUGAGUCUGGCGUGUGGCCCGGAGACGCUGGCGGACGACCGGAGCUACUCCGUCCUGCAGAGGAUCGUCCCUGCCCGGCCUUUUUUCUACCAGCAUUCCGCCGGUAUGUCGAGCAUGGACCCGGCGGCGGGCGUUUUGUAUCUGUACGAGGGAGGGACCUCAGUCCCACCUCCACCUGGCAUCCAGCACCGACCCGUCUGGCAUCACGUGGUGUUUCACGCAGAGAGAGGAGGGAUGCGCCCGAGCUCUCCCGCGCGGUGCUGGACCACGUUAGGCGCGCGGCAGGCAUCAGAGGAACACUUCGUCCGUCAUUCAUGAUGACACGUAGUAUCGUGGGAAUAAUGAGGCAAUUUCACAGGCCAUUUCAGUUCGCCCCCAAAAAUGUCGUGAUUUCUACAUUUAGACCAUGACGAUGGAUUGAUGAACACUGCAUUGUUUAGUGAGUUCAGAGAGAUCUGUCUGCUGAAACUCACAUUUGGAAACUAAGAAUGACAUUCGAAAUGUAAAUAAAUGUCUUGAUGGAUUUGUAA